AUGAAGCAUCUUAUUGCUGUCUGUGUUAUAUUCUGGACAUGUGCAUUCCCAGCCAUGUCCCGAACGUUGUAUGAAUCUUCUGUUGCUAAAACACACCAGCAGUGGAUGUCUCAGUAUGCACGCUCCUAUGCUGAUGAUGCUGAGAAGGAGAAACGCUUCAAAAUAUUUUUGGAGAACUUGGAAUACAUAGAGAAAUUCAACAAUGCUGGGAAUUACAGCUACAAGUUGGGCCUGAACCAAUUUUCGGAUUUAACUGAAGAAGAGUUCAUUGCUUCACAUACCGGAUUCAAGAUUAAUUCAAGGAAACCAUACUCGUCCUCCUCCGCUCCACUCUUGAACCUGAGAGAUGUUCCAGAAAGUUUGGACUGGAGAGAGAAAGGUGCUGUCACCCAAAUUAAGGACCAAGGCCAAUGUGGCUGCUGCUGGGCAUUUUCAGCUGUCGCGGCAAUAGAAGGCAUAAACCAAAUCAACACUAACCAGUUGAUCUCAUUGUCAGAGCAACAACUGUUGGACUGUGAUACGAAUAACAACGGGUGCAAUGGAGGCCUCAUGGACACUGCCUUCAAAUAUAUCAUACAAAACCAGGGCAUCGCCUUGGGAAGCGAUUACCCAUACCAAGAAGCUGCUGGAACAUGCCAGAAUGAGAUGAAAGCCGCAUCUAAAAUAAGUGAUUUUGUAGAUGUAGCUCAAAAUGAUGAACAACAACUUCUACAAGCUGUGGCCAAUCAGCCAGUGUCAGUUGGCAUUGCUGUGAAUGAUAACUUUCAGCAUUACAGUGGAGGGUUAUUUGAAGGACCAUGCGGAACUGAUCUCACUCAUGCGGUUACUGUAAUUGGUUAUGGGAGUGAAGAUGGCAAAGACUACUGGUUGAUCAAGAAUUCAUGGGGUGAGCAAUGGGGAGAUGGUGGAUUCAUGAAGUUGCAGAGGGGAGGUGGUGAUCCUCAGGGUCUUUGUGGCAUCGCUAUGCAAGCUUCUUAUCCGAAGAUCUAG